UGAUCAGACGCCACGUGUACAACGAGGGAAUAUUACGCCUCGAAUGGGUAUUGGUUACAGCACUGGCAUGCAUUCAAACUAGUUUCCUCUUUGAAGCCUGUUUGCCUCCUGCACCCAUAAUCACCCUUACUCAUCUCCUUACCCAUUUUUAGCCUUAUAAAAAACCAAGUCUUUUUGUACUAUCUCAACUGUGUUUUCCCACUGUGUGCUUUCUUCUACUGUGAGUUGUGCGUGAAAGCUGAAGAAAUUUCAGAGAUGCCGCCGAGAGGCAGACCCAGAAAGCCGCGCCUCACGCGAAUGGAUGCGGCGGUCGACGCAAUGGGGCAGUUAGGUUUCCCGCAGGACAAAGUGAAGAAAUACGUCAAAGAACUUCUCAAGGAAUACGGUGGAGUCGACUCAUGGCCGUUCAUUGAGGAAUGCUCGUAUAAAGAACUAAUUGAGGCCAUGCUUCGGGGUGAUAGUGAAGAGAAUGAUCAAGAGCAAGCUGUCAAGCAUGAAAACUUGAUGGAGGAUGAAAACCCUGAAGACGAUGCUCCGGUUGAAGAUAUUGCGGGCCCCUCUGGUACAGCUGUACAAGAACCUACACUAGCAGCCCCUCAAAUCACCAAUGUGCCAGCUCAAGAAGAAAUCGAUAAUGCUUGGAAAGACAUUCUUCCAUGUCAGAGCGAAGGUAGUGCACAAGAUGACAUAGGGACAGAGACGAAAGAACAUAGUUCGAGGAACGAUCCUCCAUCUUCGGCCAAUAACGUUCCGACACGUAGGCGCCUGCCUUGCUAUGGGUGGAUCGAGAGCGACGAAGAGGAUGACGUUGAUGAUUUCAUUGUUCUGAAAGCUGCAGUGCCUCGAGAAGUUUCCAAAAGUCCGAUCGAUGUGAAUAAGUCAACGGGAAGACGCGAGUCAAGGUGGGAUCGAUGACCGGAAUUUUUAACACUCUCCUUUAAUUUCUUUCUUUUUUCUUUUUUGAAUUUGAGUUGAAAACUUCUCCACGUACUUGGAUUAGUGUAUGAAUGAUCUAUCUAAUAUGUAGUUAAUUCUACAUUGUGUGUGUGUUUUUUUUUUAUUAAUUCAUUAUUAUUAU